UUUAUAUACUAUAUUGCCAAAAGUAUUGGGUCAGCCUUCCAAAUCAUUGGAUUCACGUGUUCCAAUCACCUCCAUGGUCACAGGUGUAUAAAAUCAAGCACCUAGGCAUGCAGACUGCUUUUACAAACAUUUGUGAAAGAAUGGGUUGCUCUCAGGAGCUCAGUGAAUUCAAGCGUGGUACCAUGAUAGCGUGGUACUGUGAUAGGUUACCACCUGUGCAAUAAGUCCAUUCGUGAAAUUUCCUUGCUACUAAAUAUUCCAUGGUCAACUGUUAGUGGUAUUAUACCAAAGUGGAAGCAACUGGGAACAACAGCAACUCAGCCAGGAAGUGGUAGGCUAUGUAAAAUGACAUAGUGGGGCCAGCACAUGCUGAAGCACACAGUGUGCAGAAGUCAACAACUGUUUGCAAAGUCAAUAGCAAAAGACCUCCAAACUUCAUGCAGCCGUCAGAUUAGCACAGCAACAGUGUGUAGAGAGCUUCAUGGAAUGGGUUUCCAUGGCAAAGCAGCUGCAUUCAAGCCUUACAUCACCAAGUGCAAUUCAAAGUGUUGGAUGCAGUGGUGUAAAGCACACUACCACAUGACUCUAGAGCAGUGGAGAUGUGUUCACUGGAGUGGCGAAUCACGCUUCUCUGUCUGGCAAUCUGAUAGACAUGUCUGGGUUUGGCGUUUGCCAGGAGAACGGUACUUGCGUGACUGCAUUGUGCCAACUAUAAAG